UUUCAUCUCUAAUACUACUAAAUUCUAAUUUCUUUCAUCCUUCAGCCACCAAUCAAAAACUCAAACGCUCUUGACUUUCUGAAGAAGCAACAGAGACAGAUUUAAUGGCGGCCAUGAACUCGAGUGUUCUCACCUGCAGCUACGCAAUCUCUGGUGCUAGCUCAUCAGAGCUAAACCAAAAAGUGGGUUUGGUGAAUUCAUCGGUUGGGUUUGGCCAGAAGAAACAGACUGUUCCUGUGAUCAAAGCAGCUCAACGAGUUGGUGGUGGUGAUGAUGUUAAUGGAAGAAGAUCCCGCAUGAUGUUCUUAGCUGCUACACUCUUCUCCACCGCUGCUGUCUCUGCUUCUGCUAAUCCUAGCGUCUUCGAUGAAUACCUCGAGAAGAGCAAAGCCAACAAAGAACUGAAUGAUAAGAAGAGAUUGGCAACAAGUGGGGCAAACUUUGCGAGAGCAUUCACCGUUCAGUUCGGAAGCUGCAAGUUCCCUGAGAAUUUCACAGGAUGUCAAGAUCUUGCCAAGCAAAAGAAGGUACUAUUUAUCUCAGAAGAUUUGGCGUUGGAAUGCGAAGGCAAAGACAAGUUCAAGUGUGGUUCCAAUGUUUUCUGGAAAUGGUGAUCAUGUUUGUAUCCAUUCUUAUGUAAACCCAACAAUGUAUCUAUCUAUCUAUCUAGCUGUUCAUCAAAGUUCUCAUAUCCAUUUGAAUCUACCGUGUUAAACACUAAUAAGAGCCAUUAGGAAU